AUGGAGUCUGUGAAGAAGGCAAAUGCAAGACUAAGAAAUUAUCCCCUUUUAAUGGGUAAAUGUGCUGAAGCAGCCACCAAAUACGCUGCUUGUGUUACAAAAGACUUUAAUGUGGGGCACAAGAGUUGCCAGAGUGAAUUUGAUGCCCUCAAAGUGUGCCUGGAACGUGUAGCUAAGAACCUCAAGACGCGUCUUUAG